AUGGCAACACAGGUGUCAAUCCAACCCCGCAAGCUAAGGCGAACAGCGAACGCAUGCGUUGCUUGCCGCCAGAGCAAAAUCAAGUGCUCAGGCAAAGAGCCGUGCGCCAACUGCCAACGUCGUGCUGUAAAAUGCCGAUUUGUGGAAGGAAGCAACAAGAUCACAGUCACGGAAAGUUACCUACAGCAACUGCGACGCCAGGCGAAAGCGCACCAGAGUCCAACGGGCACCAAACGUUCUGCGGAAACAGCCUUUGGGUCUGUAGUCGAGGUCGACGAUGUGUCUGAAGAGCUGGCUUACCCUCCAAGGGAGGAACUAUCUUUACCCCCGAAAACGAUUGACCAUGCACGUAGCAUCUGGACAAGCCCGUUCACCUUACCCUCCAGAACCAUCAAGAAUACAUAUAAGAACAAACGCAACUGGAUUUGGCUAGCCCCUACGUCAGUGUGGUCUUUUACCGCGAGGCUUAGCGUCAUGUUGUCCGAGAAGCUGCAACUCGAAUCGCCCUACACAACCCCGAGCCAGCUCGACCAAGACAUAUACCCGCUCCGUUGGAAGCAGGCCACAGCUGAAGGACCUCCUGAUAUUAGCGGCUUGCCUUCAGUUGAUCAUGCGCUUUAUUUAUUUGACACAGUUAAAUUCCAUCUUGGUGUGAAAUAUCGUUUCUUUGAUGAACGUACUUUCUUGGGACACAUUCACGAAUUCUAUUACGGAGAUGCCGCCCAGAAGGCUACCGAAUCGCGCCUUUGGUUCGUCCAGUUCCUACUUGUCCUGGCAUUUGGAAAUGCAUUUCUCUUGCAGUCAAGGAAUGCAAAAGACCCGCCUGGAUCGAAGUUCUUUGUACGGGCAAUGGCGCUUAUGCCAGACCACGCUUCCCUUUGGAAAGACAGUCUAUUGGCAAGUGAGACGUUGGCGCUGGCUGGGCUCUACUUAUAUUGUAUUGAUCAUCGAGAGUCAGCGCACGUAUAUGUCAGACUAUCACAUCUGCUCUCUUCUAUAUUGACCUACAUUUACAAGAACGAGAAAACACAACUAGGAACCUUCUUGGAGACGACCAGAUCCAUUUUGCAUACGAUGGCUGGUCACGCGCAAGAAAUUGAAAGCAUCAUUCAUAUGAAGAAUGAGAAUUCCGUAGAUACGAUGCCCAAAGGGACACGGCACAUCACAUUGCUAUACCACCAGCUUGAUCAUGGAGAAGAAGAUUGGCAGAACUUUUUGGCUCCUACAAAGAGUCUAAUAUCAACGGGGAUCAAGUCAGCUGCCAAAACGCUGCAGAUCUUGACGCAUGAAGACAGUCUCCUGGGUACAGUCUCUCUAUCUUUCACCUAUGCUGCUGCGAUUCACUUAGCGAUGGCAGAUACACUGUUUCCGCACUCUACUGAAGGCCAAACCUACAGUGAGGAAGUACAUGCGAUCCUUGACGAGAUGAUCUACAAAGGUAAUAGGUUGGCUGCGGUGCGGAAGAGCGAGCUGGCACAUCUAGAAACACUUUUCAAGGAUCUCGCAACACGGAUCGAGCGGCGUGGUUUGCAAACUUUAACAUUAUCCAGUCCAACGGAGAACGAGCAGCCCACGCCCUGCGACGGAGAAUAUCAAAUAGGGGGAUCAACGGUACAGACUGAGCCAAUCGAUGUGUCGUUGGUUAGAGACCCAAGCGCUUCGCCUGAUGUUCUUCAUCACACGACUAGUGACAUAGAGUUCCUUGACAAUAUCGGGAUCUCGUCGUAUGAGUUUUUCACCAUCGUCAACCAGAUUGGCAACUCGGACAACUAUAGCCUACUGGAUCCUGCGCAAGUUUGGUGA